GCUGCUUGGCUUGUGUGUCAUCAGUGUUGUGUGUGAAUUGUCGAAUUGUCGAGUUGGACUUGGACGUGACAUGCAAGUUGCAACUCUCAAUUGUCGUGUGUGAAACAUACGGUUUAAAUAUAAAAUAUAUUAAUAGUGUAAUGAUAAUAAAAUAGUUAAAAAAUUUAUAUAUUAAUUAUGUUGACAUGACAAAGUUAUAUUGUCAAAUAACAUGGCUAAAAUAAUAAAAACAUCAGAAUUUAUAACAUCAAUUCUCAUUUGUGAGUACUGUUCUAACCUCACCUUUAAACGACACCAAGACUUUGUCAGACAUUUACGAGAACAACAUUGUACAAUUGAGGGCGGUUCCUAUGUAUGUAAAUAUGGUUACAAUGCAGUAUGCUCCAGUUUACCAUUGGAAGGUGUCUCUGAUAAGGAUUAUGUAAUUCAUGUAACAAAACACGCAACAAUGCAACAACAACAACAACAACGUAAAACAAAUGGUGAUGAUGAUAAAACAUCAACAUGGACAAUUUAUUCAGCAUCACAAAAUCUUCCAGCUGUUCUUAAUGAUCCAAGAAAAGGAAAACAAAGUAAUUUUUUUACAAAAACAUGGGGUGAUGCAUUUGUUGAACGUGUUGAUAUACCAAAAAGUCCAUAUCUUCAAGAUAUAAAUAUACAUCAUUUUGAUAGUUAUAUUAAAAAAAUAUGUCACAGAUAUAGAAAACAUUCUAAAACAAGUUUAACCAAAUCAAAUGAAUCAUCAACUUUAAGAAAAUCAAAAUCACUAGAACGUUCAUCACAUUUUGAUUUAGCAAGUAUUCCAAAGAUAUUUUUAAGUCCUGGAUUGGAUUUAUCAAAACGUGAUAAUUUCGAAACAAUAUUUCCUUUUACAAAAGAUGGACUUUUAAAUAAUGAUAAAAAUGUUGUUGUACAUGUUGCAACUGAACAAGAAAAAUUAAGUCAUUAUUUAGAUAUUGUUGAAGUUAGAAUUGCUGAACAAGUUGCAUCAAAAUCACAAGCAUUUUUUCAUGCAAUGACAUCACAUGAUGCACUUAUGGAACAUUUAACACAAACAAUAACUGUACUAAAAGCAUUGAGAAAAAAUAUACAUGAAAUUGAUGAUAGUUUAGUGAUAAAUUCAUUAAAUGUAUUACGUCUUGAACGUGCUAAGACAAAUCGUUUAAUAACAUAUGAAAAACUUAAAUUAAUGGCAACAGUACAUCAAAGUCAACCAAUGAUACAAUUAUUAUUAUCAACACCAGAUUAUGUUGCAGCACUUGAUUUAAUAUCAACAACACAAGAAAUAUUACAUCAAGAAUUAAAUGGUAUACAUAGUUUUCGUCAUUUAAGUUCACAAUUAACUGAAAUGGAAAGAUUAGUUGAUAAAAUGUUAUCAACUGAAUUUGAAAGAUAUGCAACUGCUGAUUUAAAUCGUCCAUUAACAAAUGAUAAUACUGUACUUGAUGGUGAUAAACUUGUAUCAAUAAUAUCUGGUUUAUUAAGACAAAAAUAUUUUCAAUUUGUUGAUAUUUAUAAAGAAGAAGCAAUAACAACUGUACGUGCUAUAACAAAACAACGUGUUAUUGAAGCACUUGCUGCAAGUGAUUGUUGUAGUGAUCAACAAGCAGCUGGUCUUGAAGUUGCUGGUUUAUCAUUAUCAGAAAGACUUAAAUUAUUACAAGAUACAAUUAAAUCAUUGACAAAUCUUCUUUAUCGUGUUAAAGCUGUUUAUGAAGUUAUGAAAGACACUGCUGAUUUAUCAUCUGAAUCAGAUAAUGAUGAUGCUGAUAAUGAUGAUAAUAAUACUAUUACAAUUAAUACAAAUGAACAUUUAUUAUUACAAGAUGAAUAUUCACGUGUUAUAACAAAAUUAAAUGACAUGUUAAUAUCAGUUUGUGAUUAUUGUCAUGAAAGAUUAGGUAGUUUAUUAACUGCUGGUACAAAUGAUAGAAAUGAACAUGAUAAAUUAAUAUCAAAUGAUAAUAAAGAAUAUAAUUUAAAUGAAAAAAGUUCUUGGCUUAGUGAUCGUGCAACAGCUAAUCAAGUAUGUCAAUUAGCAAGUAUGGUUGAAAAUUUUACAGAAAUAUGUGAAAAAAUAUGUGGUAAACAAUGUACUGCAUUGAGAUCAGCAUUUAAAGCACAAGCAAGUAAAUUUGUUCAACGUUUUCAUACUGAAAGAAAAACAAAAUUAACAAUGCUACUUGAAUCAGAAAGAUGGAAACAAGCUGAUGUACAAAAUGAUAUACAAUGUCUAGUCACAUUUGUUUAUGAAAAUAGAUAUAUUCCUGUAAAUUUAUUAAAACUAGAAAAUUCAAUUAAAAAUAAUAAUAAUAAUAAUAAUAGUAAUAGUAAUGAUGUUAAAAAUUGUAUAUUUAUUGGUGAAGAACAAUAUGCUGUUGUUGGAACAGCAUUGAUGCUUGUACAAAUGAUUUAUGAUUAUUGUAAAACUGGAAGUGAAUUGACUGCACUAUCUGGAUCAAUUGGUCGUCAAUUGGCUGAACUUUUAAGACAUUAUAAUUCAAGAUGUUGUCAACUUGUACUUGGUGCUGGUGCAAUGCAUGUUGCUGGUUUAAAAACAAUAACAAGUACUAUUCUUGUACUUGCUGGACGUAGUUUAAAGCUUAUAUUAUGGUUUAUGCCAUUUGUUAAAUUACAUUUUCAAGAAUUAGCAAAUCACAGUUCAAAUCGUGGUGUUAUUGGUUCAUCUGGUGGUACAGGUGGUGUUGCAUUACUUGACAGUGUUGAGAGAGAUGUUAGAGCACAUAUUAGAGAAAUUGAAGGUAAAAUAUUGACAAUUGUUGAUAAUCUUGUUAGUGGACAAAUAUCAAAUUGGGAUGCACGACCACCAGUACCAUCACAAUCAUUUAGAAAUAUAUCAAGGCAUCUUGUUAAACUUCAUGAAGCUGUCUCUGGAAUUCUUCCUCCUGUUGAAGUACAAGCACUUUAUCGUACUGUUAAUGUAUCAUUUAAAGAAAAACUUAGGGAACAAUUAAUUAAUAUGAAUAUUGUUAAUAAUGGUGGUCCUCAACAUGGUGUUGUUACAUCUGAAUUAACAUUUUAUCUUGAAGCAUUGAGAAAUUUAAAAGUUUUACCACCAACUGAAUUAAAUGACGAUUGGAUGACUGACAUAUGGACUAGAUAACAUGCAGAGAGUGUAAUUUAUUGUCUACUUGAUGCAAUGAAAUAUGCAAUGACCAAUAAUAAUGAUAGUUGACCACAAAGUAAAUUUAUUACCAACUUGGUCUUAAUUGUUUUAUUAAAUUUAAAAAAUGAUAAAUGAAUUUUAAAUAUAUUAAAGAAAUAUGAUCUAAUGAUUUUCACUGCCAAAAUAAAUCUAAAAGUUCAUUGGCCAACUAUAUAAGAUUUUGGUCAUAAGGAUACAUGAAUAAAUUUUCUUUUAAUUAAAUAUAAGAGCAAAAUUAAAAUGUAUAUAUAAAACUUAUUGGAUAAUUAUUAAUUUAUAUAUAUAUUAUGCAAUAACUUGGUUGAUAUAUUUCUAAAAAAAAAAUUUAAUUAAAUUUAACAUGCAUUCCAUGCUCUAGUCCGAAUAUUUUAUAUCGAUAAUAUUAUGAAAUGUUUUAAUAACAAUAUCAGCGACUUAACAGUUGAAAAAGUACUUUUGGUUUUUAUUAUUACUUGUAAAUUAUUUAUUUGUUGGACCACUUUUGACUUGGAAUAAUUAAGAAAAAUUAUAAUAAUUAAACAAAAAUUUUUGAAAUUUAUUUAUCUUUAUAAAAUAUAUAUUUUACCAUUUAAUUGUAAAAACAACUGUAAUUAUAUAUUAUAAAUUUUAAGGUAUAAUCAUUGAAAAAAAAUUGUGUUUAUUAUUUAAAAAAAAAAA